AUGUCUUCUCAAGAGUCUUCGUCGUACCUGUCCCGGUCUCCAGGGAGAAGCGGCCUGCACCGCAAAGGCUAUCUCGUUCUGCAAGACGAGGCACCGCCCGCCUUUUCACCGCGCGGCCAGGGCACGCUCGCCCACCUGAUCCGGAACCGGUCCCACAGCUCGCUGCAGGGCUACGGGACGACGACCUGGCGCAAUACCGGUGGUCUCGAUGCUGCGGACCUGGAGGCGCACCACCCGGGCGGGCAUCACGAGGCUUCUCUCCACCACCACCACCUCCAUGGCGCCGGCGCCGCAGGCAGCGUGAGCGGUGGCGAAGAUGAUGCCACGUCGCGCCGGUCUCUGUAUGAGGAGCGCCGGCUCUCGGCCGUGCUCAUGAGCCGUCCCGUCCGCAGUAUGCGUCUGAUUGGCAACUCGAACCCGCGGUACCGCUGGGAGCGCUACUGGGUGCCCGAGGAGCAGCUGGCCUCGAUGCGCAAGCCCAUACGCGCCUACUAUGAGCGCACCAACUAUCUUAUCCAGCAGUACCUGUACAUUGACCGGCUGCUGGACAGCAGUCUGCCUCAUGAUCUGCUCAACGAGUACAAUGACAUGCCCGCCAGCCACUUUCGCGGCGUCGAGAUCCCGGAUACCAUCCGCGAGGAGCCUGGUAGUGCCAACAGGAGCGCCGUGGGAAGUUUGAUAGAGGGGAGCGGAUUAUUAAAAACAAGUGGGACUGGCUCGCCUUCCAACGAGGAGAACGGGAACGGACAGUCCGGCGAGGAGGCAGGGAAGAGCGUCAAGAAGGUCAAGCGUACGCCAAGAGACAUCUACCGGCCCACCGAGACGACGCCCUUGUUUAGCAACCACGAUGAAGAGGACGGCGAGGUAUGGGAUGGCGAGGGCGCAAAGCCCGAGAUCCCGUGGCUCGAAGAUGACGAUGAUCUCGACAGCAGCAGCAACAUUGUCACUGUAGCCAUUUACGUGAACUUUGCCGCUAAUUUUAUUCUCUUGGCUGGAAAGAUUGCUGUAAUCAUUUCAGUGUCUUCCAUGUCGGUGCUGGCCAGUUUGGUAGAUGCCGUACUGGACUUUUUGUCUACCGUCAUUGUCUGGCUGACUACGUGGUUGGUCAGCCGCCAGGACCAGUACAAAUAUCCCGUCGGUCGGAGGAGACUGGAGCCAUUGGGUAUUCUGGUGUUUUCGGUCAUCAUGAUCACCUCUUUCUGUCAAGUCGCGUUACAGUCGAUCCAACGACUAGCAUCUCCAGAGCAUGAACUCGUCGAGCUCGGGAUUCCUGCUAUCGGCAUCAUGGCGGGCACCGUCCUUAUCAAGGGUCUGUGCUGGCUCUGGUGCCGUCUCGUCAAGAACUCGAAUGUCCAAGCUCUGGCUGCGGAUGCGUGGACUGAUGUCAUCUUCAACAUUGGAUCCAUCUUUUUCCCGAUAGUUGGCUUCUAUGCCAAGAUCUGGUGGCUCGAUGCGCUCGGUGGCCUGCUUCUGUCCUGUGUCGUCAUUUACAACUGGUCCGAGACGUCUCUGGAGCACAUCAAGAACCUGUCGGGCUUCUCAGCCACUGCAGACCAGCGUAACGUGCUGCUGUACCUGACGAUGCGCUUUGCCAAAACCAUUCGCCAGAUCCAGGGCCUGCAGGCUUAUCACGCCGGUGACAAGCUCAACGUCGAGGUCGACAUUGUACUCGAUGCCAGCACCCCGCUGCGCGACAGCCACGACCUGGCAGAGAGUCUGCAGUACGUCCUCGAGAGUGUCCCCGCUGUGGACAGGGCGUUUGUGCACACGGAUUAUGCUACCUAUAAUCUGCCGACGCACAUGUCGCAACAGAGCUAA